CAUUGCUCUUUGGGGGGGAAAGGGAGCACGGCAGAGAGAGCGAGUAGGCAUGGGCAAGCCAAAGGUGACGCGGUUCCUGCAGUCUGCAUACACUAUGAUAUCUACAUGUACCUCUGGUGUGGUAGGCUGGUCAGACGAACCCGAGGAAGGCAUCGGCUUUGAGGGCUACAUCGAGCUGUCUGACCCUGCCGCAGCCGCAACUGAGCUGCGCAAGUACUACAAGCACGGCAAUGUGGGCUCCUUCUCCCGCCAGCUGAACAUGUACUCGUUCAAGACGCGAAAGCAAGACAAUCGGCUUUGGUUCCAUCACGUCAACUUUCAGCCCGAUGCCAAGGACAGACUCGCGCUCAUCUCACGCAAGCCGGUCUACUAUCCGGCGGACAAGCGCAAGGGCAAGGGCUCCGAGUCGGCAUCGGGUACGUCGGCUGGGAAAGAGUCUGCCAAGCGUUCGGCGAGCAAUAAGUCGGCGAGCAAGCGAUCGGUGUCAUCUGCUAGUCGAGCGCCGCAGGCAGGGCGGUCGUCGGCAUCGAUUGCGUCGAGUAAUGCUGCUACCGGCAUGGCGGCGGCAGAAGCAGUGGCGACAGCGCGGUCGGGGUCGGCGCAGGCGGUCAAGUCUAGCCCGCCGCGGAGCAACGCGGCGCCGCGUGGCCCGGUGUCCAAGGCCGAGGUCGAGGCAUCGUCGGUUCUGCUGGCGGUCUCCAACUCGCGGCCGAUGUCGCAACCCGGGUCGCGGACCAACUCGCGGCCGACAAGCCCAUCCGUGAGUGCCAUGGUCAACACGACGACGAUGGCGAUGGCCAGUGCGGCAGCAGCGGUGGCGCACGCCGGGCUGAUGGCGAUGCGCAAGCGGAAGCACGGGGCCGGGCCGGGCGCGCCCGGUGGCGGCUCGCCGCGGUCGUCGCCGCGAGCUUCGCCGCGGCUCCCGUUUGCCUCGCCACCACACUGGGAUGCGGCAGGCACGCCCGGCCACUCGGGCUUUACCUCGCCGGCACCCGAUCACUACCCAGGCGUGAUGCGGUCGCCCGGCGGCGGGUUCCUCAACCUCACGCAGGAGGCAUUUUCGCGGUUCUCGCCGUCGCUUGUCGAGCCGCAGCGUCCGGACGCGCUCGACCACAACCUCCAGUUUGACAUCAUGGCCAAGCGGUUCUACGUUCAGCUUCUCCGGUCACUCUACCGGGUCCGCGACGACCUGUACGGCGGCCUCGUCUUUUCGCAGAAGAUCGGCAACCGCGAGUAUGUCAUUCGUGUGACCGACAAGCUGCCUGCGCCCAUUGAGCCGGUCAUGGGCGAAUUUAUCAUUGUCGACUCGUCGCUCGAGCCGGUUGCGCCGCCAUCGACAGGCUCAUCGACGGCGUCGAUGUUCUCACCGCUCUCCACCACUGGCUCGUCGGGCCCGGGCACUGUGAGCGAGUUCUCGGGCGUCCCGUUGGAGCCACCGUUCGGUGUGUCGUACACCACAGCGAUUGGCCUGUCGUCGUCGCUGGACCACGGCUCGCCACACGCCCAGUCGCAGCCGGCACCAACCGACAUCUCGGGCCUGGCCCAGGCUGUGGAGGCCUCGCCAGGCUCGCGGACGCGCCGGCUCUCGCUCCCACGGCUCGACACCUCGGUCCACCCGACCGCCAAGCGCCGCAAGCUCCUCUCGUCCGGCGGACCGCAGCUCCUUGCCCGCGAAGUCGCCCCGCGUAUCAAGCACAUCCCAUGGGGUCCACCGCGUCGCUGGCGCUCGCUCACCGGGCUCGCCGUCGAGCACUCGUCGUGCACCCGUGUGGACAAGAUGGUCAAGUACGUGGCGUUCCGGCAUACUCGCGACCCAUCGUUCAUCCUCUACCAUCCGGUCCCAUACAACCCACAGGCGACCGCUGCACAGCUCUCGCGCGACCUGGCCAACAUCGACUCGCUCGAUGUCGAGGCCGAACAGACCUCGGCCGGGACCGUCAAGAAUCUUGCCCGCAUGAACCGCGGCGCUGCUGCCCUCGCUGCUGCCAUCAACAACCGCCUCGAGCGCCAGAAGCGCUUGCGUCUUCAGCCCGCUGCCGCCGCAACCACCGCCUUCCGCACAUCGCCGCUCAAGCCGGUCAUCGCUGGACCCCCAGCGGCGGCAACUCGCACCAGACCCUACAGGCCGCCGCCGUCACCAUCCAGCACCACCAGCAGCAGCUGCUGGCGCGGAGCCAGGCGGCGGCAUCAUCGCAGCAGCAGCAGCAGCGCAUGAUGGAGAUGCAGGCGCAGGCCGAGCUGGCGAGUGCCGGCCCGAUGCCUCCGCCUCCGCCCCCACCAGCGUCGGCGUCGGGUGAGUCGCAGACCACCAGCACGCAGGCAGCCGCCGGAUCCGGCUACGGCCUCGCGCCCCUCGUUGUCCCCAACGCCGGAUCGACGGCGCUCUUUGGCCAGGGCUCGACGUACCUCCUUUCGCCCACACCCGAAGCGGUUUCGGCCCUUGCCCAGCGACACGGCCUCGACACCGGCUCGAUCUUCUCGGUAGCUGGCAUGGUGGCAGCCCCGCUCCGCGAUGCUAUUUCCCCCAACACCGGCGGCGGGGCUGGUAGCGGAACCGGGCCGAGUCCCGGACCACAGCAUCAAACGGCAUGAUAUGAUGA